AUGCCCUUCCUGUGGUGUGGAUCUCGACAGAAAGGCCAGAAAUGGAAACAGAUUGAAGAAGCAGCUGCAAAUCUAGAACAGCUGCCAUCGUGGACUGCUCCAGAUAACUCGCUCAUACUACAAGCCUUUGAAUGGCAUGUUCCCGCCGACCGGCAGCAUUGGCGCCGUCUGCAGAAUGCCUUGCCAGAGUACAAGGCCAUUGGCGUUGAUCAGAUCUGGAUUCCUCCUGGAUGCAAGGGAAUGGAUGCCAAUGGUAAUGGCUAUGACAUCUAUGACCUAUAUGAUCUUGGGGAGUUCGAUCAGAAGGGUGCAGUCCCUACGAAAUGGGGUACCAAGCGCGAACUUGAAGACCUGAUGUGCCAAGCGCAAAACUUGGGCAUUGGUGUAAUCUGGGAUGCUGUCCUCAAUCAUAAAGCUGGAGCCGACUAUCCAGAGUCCUUCCAAGCUGUCAAGGUAGAUCCUAAACGACGAGACCUGAACAUAUCUAAGCCGACAGAAGUCAAUGGCUGGACAGGCUUUGACUUCGCCGGUCGCAAUGACAUGUACAGCUCAAUGAAGUACCACUGGCAACAUUUCAGCGGUGUCGAUUGGGACGACAAGAGCAAGCAGAGUGCGAUCUACAAGAUCGUCGCAUCUAACAAGGAUUGGGCGCAAGAUGUCUCCACCGAGUAUGGAAACUAUGAUUAUCUGAUGUUCUCCGAUCUGGACCUUGCACACCCGGAAGUCCGCGCAGAUCUUCUGCAAUGGGGAACGUGGAUCACCAAAUCCCUGAGCCUCAAUGGAAUGCGACUUGAUGCCGCCAAGCAUUUCUCAACCGAGUUCCAACGCGCCUUCGUGCAAUACGUCCGGAAAACCGCCAACCCGGACUUCUUCGCGAUAGGAGAGUUCUGGACUGGACAUUUACCGUCUCUUCUAGGUUAUCUCGAGCAGGUGGAGUACGAUCUCAUUGCAUACGAUGUACCUCUCCUGGAGCGGUUCUCCAAGUUGUCCCAUGCACAGGCACCAGACCUUCGCGGGAUUUUCAAAGAUACACUGGUACAGUGUCGGCCGGACCACGCUGUGACCCUUGUCGCCAAUCAUGAUACGCAACCAGGACAAAUGCUUGAGACCCCGGUAUCACCAACCUUCAAAUUACUAGCAUACGCCCUGGUCCUCCUCCGCAAAGACGGUCAGCCAUGCGUAUUCUACGGUGACCUGUACGGUAUCCGAGCAAAUGUGGAUAGCCCAAUGACACCAAGUUGCAACGGCCACCUGCCCGUAUUAACGCAAGCCCGCAAACUCUACGCCUACGGCGAACAGCAAGAUUACUUCAACCAACCCAACUGCAUAGGAUUCGUUCGCUACGGAAAUGCCCGUCACCGAUCCGGACUUGCGUGCGUUAUCAGCAACGCUGGUCCGGGCGCGCAGCGCAUGUAUGUUGGUCAACAGCAUGCACAUGAGCAAUGGACCGAUAUUUUACAUCCCAACAUGAAACCUGUCAUUAUCAACAAGGAUGGCUAUGGAAAUUUCGGUGUUCAGAGGAUGAGUGCUAGUGUCUGGGUUGAUUCGGCUACAGUACACCGGGAUAAUCUCAAAAGGGACUUUAAUGUCAAUAUCUACGAUAACUAA